AUGGAACCCGCGGAGUCCUCCAACCAGCGCGGAGAGAAGAGGCCCUUGGAAGACGAGGUGGAGAUCGAUGCCCUGCAGCGCAGGUGCCAAGACAUGUUAAGAAAGGCGGAAGAAUUGACCACCUCAAUUGAGGCCGACCUGGCCAGCAUUGCUGCUGCCAGUGCUAGACUCAGUGAGCCCCCUGGAAGGCAGGGCUCUGGGAGGGCUGAGCAGCUGGCGUGCCUGGAAGCCCAGUUGAGGCGGGUGCUCCAGGAGAAGGCGGAUUUGGAGGAAUGGGCAACCAGUCGCUGCCGAGAGGCCGAGGGAAGGGCCAGAGCUGCCGAGGUGGCGAGGGCCAGGGCUGACAAGGCCCAGAUGGAGUCAUGGGCGGAGCUGCGCUGCCAAGAUGCUGAAAGGCAAGCGCGCCUGGCUGAGCUGAGGGCGGAGGCCGAAAAGACAGAGGCAGAGGCGAAGGCUGCAAGAAGAUGCAGAGAAUUGGAAGAGGAGGCCAGGGGUGCCAAAGCACGGCUUGAGGCCAAGGAGAAAGACACCUCCCCGCCGUCUUACUGGUCGAAGCAACAAUGCUCGAAGGAAAGGCCGGUCAUCUACGUAGAGCUUUACAGGCAGCAGGGGACCGGCGCGAAUGCAGACCAGGCGGGAACCCACCAUGAUGAAAGCAUUGCAGUCAUGAUGGAGGCCGGGGUCAGCCACGAAGAUGCAUCAGCAGCAUUGAAGGAAUUCGAUGGCAACAUAGCAGAGGCGCUGGCGUUUCAUGUGGAGAGUUUGGCGAACGGGGGAGCAGGCGCAGCAGCUGAGAUCAGCCAGAGGGCUGGGGCGGAAUCGGCGCGGGAACUGGAGCUCGUGCUUGAAAGGUUUGAUGCUGGACACGGCCCCCCCUCUCGGGCAUCCGUGGUCUGUGUCCAGCGUGUGCAGAAUCAACGCCUGUGGGAAAAGUACUGUGCACGGAGUUCGGAGAUCCGCGAAGCUGCGGGCGAUGGGGGAGUCAAUGAACGCCCGCUGUUUCAUGGGUCAGACAUGGCGUCACUGGAAACGAUAACCAGGGAUGGCUUCGACAUCCGGGUGGCCAACCUCAACGGCGCCAUGGGAGCAGGAGCCUAUUUCUCCGAGAGCAGUUCCUACUCCCACAUCUACUCCAUGAAGCGCCCCCGGGGCCCAGGGGCCCCGCUCGGGGGGGGGCGGUUCACCUUCAUGAUGUUCCCACGGCCCAAUACGCCAAGGCCAACUGGCCUGCGCCAACAUGGUGGCCGCGGCCGAUUCAGGGCGACUGCCCCCUUGCCGCAAAGGAUGGGGCCGCCGAGGAUGCCAGCGAUUGUGCUGCCUCGAGGGCCACCGGCUGGGCCUUCGGCCAGGCCGCCGGCGGUGCCAGCGUUGCCAGGGCUGGGCCCGGGGGUGCAGGUUCCUGGAAAUGCCGGUGGCCGCGUGGUGGCCAUGCUCCUGUGCCGCGUGGCGCUGGGGAGGUCUGCUCGGGGGCAGUUGGGCCUAAGGAAACCUCCAGAAGGAUUCGAUUCCGUGACAGAUGCGACACGGAACCACUCCAUGUACGCAAUUUUCGAUAACGCCCAGGCGUACCCAGAGUAUGUCAUAUACUACCAGGCGUAG